GCUGUUCAGGAGAUUGUAUCUGUGAGCCCCUGGCAUCAUAUUUGAAUUAUAAAUGUGAAAGAAUGGCAAGCACUCUACCUCCCUAUCCUAGAUCAGACACAGGGGAGAAGUUACAUCAMUGUAUGGAGUGUGGAAAACAAUUUGAUUGGAAAAGUUCUCUUACUGUACAUGAACGGACCCACACAGGGGAGAAGCCAUAUCAAUGCAUGGAAUGUGGAGAAAGCUUCAGUCAGAGUGGCCAUCUACGUUCCCAUGAAAGGAUCCACACAGGGGAGAAACCACAUAAAUGCAUGGAAUGUGGAGAAAGCUUCAGUCAGAGUGGCAGUCUAUGGUCCCAUCAAAGGAAGCACACAGGGGAGAAGCCAUAUAAAUGUGUGGAAUGUGGAAAGAGCUUCAGUCACAGUGGCCAUCUAUGUUCCCAUCAAAGGAAGCACACAGGGGAGAAGCCAUAUAAAUGCAUGGAAUGUGGAGAAAGCUUCAGUCAGAGUGGAAAUCUGCGUACCCAUCAAAGGAUCCACACAGGGGAGAAGCCAUAUAAAUGCGUGGAAUGUGGAGAAAGCUUCAGUCGGAGUGGACAUCUGCGUACCCAUCAAAGGAAGCACACAGGGGAGAAGCCAUAUAAAUGCGUGGAAUGUGGAAAGAGCUUCAGUCACAGUGGCACUCUAUGUUCCCAUCAAAGGAUCCACACAGGGGAGAAGCCACAUAAAUGCGUGGAAUGUGGAGAAAGCUUCAGUCGUAGAGAUAGUCUGCGUUCCCAUCAAAGGAAGCACACAGGGGAGAAGCCACAUAAAUGCGUGGAAUGUGGAGAAAGCUUCAGUCGUAGAGAUAAUCUGUGUUCUCAUCAAAGGAAGCACACAGGGGAYAAGCCAUAUAAAUGUAUGGAAUGUGGAGAAAGCUUCAGUCUGAGUGGCAGUCUACGUAGACAUCAAAGGAGUCAUACAGGGGAGAAGCCAUAUAAAUGUAUGGAAUGUGGAAAGAGCUUCAGUGAGAGUGGCAAUCUACGUUCCCAUCAAAGGAUCCACACAGGGGAGAAGCCAUAUAAAUGCAUGGAAUGUGGAAAGAGCUGCAAAGUCAGAGAAGAGAUGAUGGCACCAGGCUAUGUGGACAGUGGACCGGUUCAAAUUAGAACCAAUCCAGCUAUCCACACUAAUCCUGGAGUGUGGGGCUGUUUUAGAGUUUCACUGACUUCUACUAAGGUGCAUCUGGACAUCCAGGAGUGA